AUGGGCCUACUCAAGAUCUAUUUCACAGAAAAGCAGCAACAAAUGAUUCUCAGUAUGUGCAUUGUCUCAGUGGUUUCACUGCUACAAAAAAAUUACGCUAACCCACCAGAAGAACAGCUACCCAUCAGAUGUUUCGAUCUUGAUCUAAAUUUAAGAAAACAAAGAACAGAGGAAGCAAAACAUGAACUUAUCAGAACAAAACAACACUUGGAGUCUCUCUGUAAGGCCCAAGACAAUUUGUGCCAGCUUAUAAAAAGAGAAACGUGGGAUAAAUUAGAGAUCAAGCGUAAACAUAUCAAGGCAUUUUUGGGUGAGUUUGAAGUGGAGAAUUAUGCUCUGCUGCCUGCUAAUAAAAGAUAUGAACAACAACUGAGAAAGCUUUUGGAUCAUAAGGCAGUUGUAUCUCAUAUUGCAAAAGGGGAGUGUUUGGAGCCAUGGAUUCCGAAAAGUGAUAGCAAACACAAAUUAGGUACAAAAGUGAUAACUGACCAAACUGCCAGUGAAAAAAUUCGGGAAGCUAUGUUGGAGGCAGAGGACGAAAAAGAGGAGCCAGAAAUUGUUGAAGAACCUCAUGUUUUCAGUGGCUCCUCCAGCCACAAAUAUGUUGAACUCUCACCUUAUCUUGGAUCACAGUUUGAAACUUCUUCAUACCUCCAGAUGCAAGAAGAAACUGUAUUUCUCCAGAAAGUGAAAAUUGAUUUAAGACAUUAUUUCAAUAAAAAAUUUAAUGCAAUGGUUUCUUUAAAAGAAAAAGAAAUGAAUGUGGUUUGGGAAAGAAACAAACGUCUCCGGUACAUUUUGUCUGAGUUGAAUAAUAAAGAAAAGAUAAUAAUUGAUCCCGCAUGGACACCUAAAGAGAAACCUGAAACAAUUAUCACUGUAGAAGACAAUGAGGUGAAAGCAAAACCAUAUAUUUCACCUAGUGAGCAAGAGAUACUGGACAAACUUGCUGCUGAAGAAGAAGCACGCCGUUUAGCUGAAUUGGCAGAUGACUUUCGUGAGAGGGCUUUGGUGGAUAUGAUGGAUGGUGUUCUUGAACUACUAUGGGAGCACAUAAUUAAACGUGACAUUCCAAAGCCAGCAUGUAUGUUAGAAAAACAACCAGAGGAGUACAAUGAAGAUGAUAUAAGAGCAGUAAAAGAGUAUGAAGAGAAGGUUGCUUUUCUUAUGAGUGAACGUGAAAGGUAUCGACAGAUGUUGGAGUCAGAAUUCAAAACACUUUCAAAUACAGUUAGGGAGGGAAUGCUGAAAUUUGAUAAUCAACUUUCUGAGUUAUUUCUUUUAAAGAUUUUAAUACAGUCUUGCAUAGAUCAAGCAAUGCUCAAAAUACUGAGAGCACGACAGAGAUGCCAUCAGAGAAUGUUAUUAGACAGGCAGGAGAAAGAAAUUAUAUCCAAUGUAGAAAAGACUCAGCAGAAAAUUGAAAAACUGCAUGAAACAAUUCGUAGUUUGCAAGAUGUUACAACAGAAUGUCGCUCUGUUUAUGAAGGAUAUGUGACAAGAGACCGAAAUUUAGAUAAAAAUUUCAAGAGAGAUUUUCCUGAUUUAUCACAAUUUCAUUGUGAUCAGUUGUAUAAAACAUACAAAAAGAGACCCAAGAUGCAACAGAAAGCACAGUUGUCUGUUGUUCUCCUGAAUGAGCUGUCACAAAAUUCUUUGACAGCUGAUAAACCAUCGUUCUUGCCACCUGAAUAUGUAGAUUUCCUUAAAGGAUUGGACAACUUAGAUAAUCACUCACACGCACCACCCAACAUUGAUGAGGAUACAUGGAAUACACUGUGUCGAGUGAGGCGCACAAAAAUUGAAUGUGAGCUAAAGAUAAAAGCAAUGGCACUGGAAUUAGCUGAAGCAGAAAAAACAGUGGCUGUAUUUCAGAAACAGCUAAGUGCUGAAAAAGAAAAUCAUGCAAAAUUAUUGUCCAGCCUUAAAAACCUGAGAGAGGAAAAACUUUACCAGUGCCAUAAUAUGCAAAUACAGGUUGUCAUGAAACAGGGAAUGGUAGAAAUUCCUACAACAGGUUCACUCUCUGACUUUGAUGAUGCUAUACUGAUAAACAGAACAGAUGUUGAGAAUAUUAACGCCCUGAUCCUUGAAGCAGGGAAAAAGAAACUUGAUGCAAUGCAUGAAGCUACUAAUUUUCGCCGUGGUAAUAUUUGUCUUGAAUGGGAGCAUAAGACAAUGUGUAUGAAGAUAGAAGACUUACAAGACGAACUGAAAACAAUUGAAAGCGUUAAGGUGACAAAGGAAAUGCAGGAAUAUCUUAAAAGAAGUGCAAAAGGUGAAAGUGAUACUAAAGGGCUUCUUCCAGUUGAUAAGGAAAUAGCUAUAAUUAAAGAUCAAUAUGAGAAAAAAUUAAGAGAAUUAGACAAAAUGGCCAAAGAGAUAGACAUGAAAAUUACUGCUGUCAGAAAAGAAAAUGGUGCUCUUGACAAGAAAAUUUUGGAGAUGAAUGUAGUUGUUAAUGAACAACAGCUGAGCAGAGAUCUAGAAUCUGAAGCAAGGGAAGCUCAGGAUUCAAAGAAACUAUUGGAAACCAUAAUGAAGCGGAACAGAAUGGUUGCCAAAAUACAGAAACAGCAUAAUGAAAUAUUGGUUCUACAGACAGAGCUUGAGUUAUUAAGAUUGAAGACAUACCCUACCCUCAAAUAUACAACACUCACAUGA